AUUGAAUGAGUCAUGCGCAUCUAUAGAAGGUGAAGAGGUGUAUAAAGAAUAUAAGCAUAACAAUACUACGGGUGUUAGAAAUAUCUACGAUUUUUUUGAUGAUCUCUUUUAUUCGAAAAUACUUUGUAUAAAUAUAUAUACAUAUAUAUAUAAAAUAUUGAAUAUGUUCGCAUAAGAUUUGUUUAAAAUAACGAUUGACUUAGACAUUCUACGUUAAAAUGUGCGAUGAAGAAGCAAGCCUUGAACAGAAAGAUGAUCAAUCUGACAAAGAACAGUCCAUUUCAUUACUGCAUCUUCCAAUAGAGAUAUUUCUACACGUCUGCUCAUUCCUAGAUGCGGAAACAUUGAUGCACAAUUUGAGUUUAGUUUGUAAACAGUUUUAUCAAAUACUGAACGAUAAUUCAUUCUGGAAAAUGAGAAUUAGCCAAAUAUUUCCAAAUACUGGUUAUCCGAUUUUGCCUCCUGCUGAAGACGAUGAAUUGUUUUGGAAGUUAUCGUGUGUAGCGAUUGAGAAACAAACUUCAUUAUGGAAAAACAAAAAUUCAGUGGAGAAAUUAUCUCUUACCAAUGUACAAUACAGUACUAUAGAUGGACUGCUGUUAAUGCACGAUGGAAGAAUUUGUAUAUCCGGAGCAAGAGAUCGAUCUUUAGUAUGUUGUAGCCUUCCCAUUGAAGAUAAUUAUCAUGUGCAACGUACUUGUAUAGAUUUUGCUCAUAAUGGAUGGAUAUGGGAUUUAACAGCAAUAGAUGACAUGGUCUAUAGCUGUAGUUGGGAUCAAAAUGUCAAGGCUUGGACUCUCACUCCUACUGGCCUUGUCCACUUCAAAACUUAUAAGAUGAUCGUUACAGGUGCUCUGCUUUGCAUAGCUUCAUGCCCGGAAUUAGCUCUCUUUGCUACUGGUUCAUUCUGCAAAACAGUAUUGGUGUUUGAUUCAAGGUCUGGAUAUAGUCCUAUAGCAAGAUAUCAACCACAUCAGAGAGCCGUUAUUCGUCUUGCAAUGAGUUCAAAUUAUAUUUUAUCUGCCAGUGAGGAUAAAACAGUCUCAAUAUGGGAUCAAAGAGCUGGAAAAAUUAUGAAAACAAUCACAAUCUCAAAAGAAUCAUUCCCUAUGAGUGUGUGUAUGCAAAAAGAUUUGGUAUAUGUUGGCGAUAGUAGCGCAAAAUUACAUGUGUUAGAUUUAAAGAGAGAGUUUGAGCCUAUAAAAUGUUACGAUACUGAACAUAAGAAAGGAAUAACCGGUGUUCAUUUUACUCCUGGUUGUGUAAUUACAAGUUCCAUGGACAAAACUGUGAGAAUUUCAAGUCCAACUGAUCCACCACAAAAUCUUACCACUCUAACUUGUGGCUAUGGAGAGAUAGCUAGUAUAGAUUAUUUGAAUGAUGUCCUUGCUGUAUCUGGUACCGAAGGGAUAGAAAUUUGGAGACCUCGUGCAAGAACAUGAUGUUCAUGAGUCAUACUAUACAUAUUGCUAAUAACAUUUACAUUUUAUAUUCAGUCUACAUUCUUAGAAGGAAUUAUAUAAAUCAAGUAUAUAUUAUGAUUUAAUAAAGGCUUUGCUCUAUAUAAGUUUGCUAGGCAUAAGAACAAAA